UUCAAUUUACUUUGGGUUGAGCCUUUGGUAAUUAAAGGUUUGACAAAGGCGUGCAAGACGAUAUAUUUUAACAAAAAAAGCACAAACAAAUAGUCGGGACAAGAUUAUUUGACAGAACUGCGCUGAUCCAAAAUGAUAUCAUUAGCCGACGCCAUUCGUCUGGAGAGAGGAAAUCCUGCUGUAAAUGCUUUUAAACCAUGGUGGGAAGUUUGGGUUGAUUAUAUAUUAAAUGGUUUUCUCAUAGUUGUCUUGUUUGCGCUUGCUGGAGUGACCAUUUCAGGCACGCCAGGCCUCACUUGUCUUCCAACUGACACAAAUCAAACAUCUUUGAACUACGCCACAAAUUUUUACUUGAAUGCUAAAUGUAUAACACUAGUUGAUGGUCACAUUUUAAUUAUUUAUCCGUACAUCAUAUUAGCCCAAUGGUUGAUUUUAUUUGUCCUUCAUAUAUCUUGGUUUAAUCUUCCUUCGCUAAAAGCAUUCCUUGAAUCAGCCUUUGAUACAUUUCAAAAGUUAGAAAAGGAAGUUAAUCCAAGAUUGGCAGCUGAAGAAAGUUCUAAGAAAUCAUUAGGAAAAACUAACGUUCAAAAUGAAUGGCCUUCCACUUCUAAUGGUGAUGGCGAUUAUACUUAUGUUUUGGGGAAAAAAUCAUCAAUGGUCUAUCUUGUCGACUGGCUACAAUAUAUGCUUCAAUUCAAAUACUAUAUUGCUUACUUGUAUAUAAUCAAGUCAGUUUCUAGUAGUGCUUUUACUGCUAUACUUAGCAUUGGACUCAUAUCUUCUCUUGUGUACUUCCAAUGGAAAACAGUAUUUCCAUGUCAUCUUCAAGGUAUUAUGCCACCACCUUUUGAUCAUAGUUCUUGCUCAUUUCCUGCCGCACCAUAUGUCUAUAGCAUAAUGGUUCUUAACGUCAUUUUCACAUUAACCUUGUGUGUUUUCAAUCUUGUUGCCAUUCACUGGAUCAUUAAAUUCAGGUUCACCUUUAAGACUUACUUAUCUAAUAAAUGGAAGCAUAAACACCCUCUUGAAUCAAAGCCUGGUUUCUAUGAUUACUUUUUUUGCAUGCAAAUGCUGAAGACCAUCAAUGUAGAAGGUGAUGUGAUCAACAACCAUCUAGAAGAGGCUUUUAAAGUAUUCCAAAAUAGAUUGCCUGAAGACAAAACCGAUAAUAUCAUGGAUUUUCCUAUCAUAAUACCAGAAGAUCCUAAGCAUUACCGUUGUCAGUUUUUACUGAAAGAGAUAUUACAAGAGUUGGGAAUGAGCAUAAAACGCAGUGACCACGAUGACCUGUGGUCAGUAUUAGCUAACAGUUUACACAAGGGUCACUCGCCAUUGGUUCAAGAGGCCUUGAAUUCCUCCAAAGAUGAAAUUCGCGACUGCGUGCACUCGGAACUGUUAAAAAAACAUGUUCUGUUUAAAGACUUGAUUAAUAAGGAUAACGAUUGCCCUUUGUUUGAGGAUUACGUUUCAGAGAUAAAGAAGCAACAAGCAUUAAAGAUGUGCAUAAAAGAAACUCAUUAUGUUCUUAUGGCAUUUGCCAUAGCAUAUAAAAUGAAUGUUGUUGUGAUUCGUGCAGAGAAAAGUUGUCUUCUUUAUGAACCUGAGCAACCAGAAGUCAACCAAACACUUUGCUUUCUAGCUUUUAUACCACCGCAUUAUUAUUAUGCAACAUUUGUCGACGAGGAAGCAAAUGGAGAUGAAAGCUUGCGCAUGAAAUUCCUUACAGAUCAAGUUUAUCAAACGGAGUUGUUGAAAAAAAUUCAAAACCGAUGGGAAUCUCGAGGACGUGACGAGUAUAAUAAACAUAUUGAUCGUAUGUUACCGAAAGAACUUAGUUUCCAAGCUCCAGUGUUGAGUGACUCACGUGAUGAAAUGCAACCAAUUGUCCAAGGAGUGAGAAAACGAGCUGCCGAGUCAAACAAAUUUGGCAAUAACAAAAUCGAGCAAAUUUCUUUAAUGGAGCUCGCGUGAAAAUUACAAUAAGCAAGCUACAUAGAGUCAUGGACGAGUGUAAUUAUUUGCAGCUACUAUAUUUACCAAUAAAAGAUUUACAUGUUUGUAAAUGUAGAUCGUCCAGGUUGGUAUAGUCCUGAGAAGUAAUGUUUUUGUUGUUGUUGACUGACGUUUCGACAACCUUAGCGGUAGUCAUCUUCAG